AUGAAGCUCGUCGCUCUGCUUCUGCUGCCCUUCGCGGUUGCUCUCGCUAGCACUGUACCCUUUAAGGGCUGUCAUCAAAAGGUGAAAGAGAAUAUCCAUGGUCCACCCAGUGGGUGGUACAAGCAUGCUCCCGCACAAAAGCACUACAUACUCGAGCUCAAGAUCGCUCUCCCUCAGCCCAAGUUCCCGGAACUUGAGCAGCACCUCUGGGAGAUAAGCGAUCCAAGUCACGCACGUUAUGGGGCAUACUUGUCGAAGCAAGAGACAGAAGCACUCAUGACUCCCUACCCUGAGACUCUGGACGUCGUCGGCGAAUGGCUUGCCUUACACGGUCUGACAGAAGAAGAUGUUAUCCGUUCAUCUGCACGCGAUUGGGUUACUAUUCGUGUCCCAGUCGGUCUCGCAGAAGAGAUGCUGGAUACUGUGAGCAAGGCGAUGUCGCCUUCGGAGAUUACGGUUCAUUAA